AUGGUCGCCGCUAAGCAGCACAUUCCUAUCGUUAAGAAGCGUACCAACCGCUUCAAGCGUCACCAGUCUGACCGCUUUAUGCGCGUUGGUGAGUCGUGGCGCAAGCCCAAGGGUAUCGAUAAUGCCGUCCGUCGCCGCUUCAAGGGACAGAUGGCCAUGCCCUCCAUCGGUUACGGUUCCAACAAGAAGACCCGCCACAUGAUGCCCUCCGGCCACAAGGCUUUCCUCGUCCACAACACCAAGGACGUCGAGCUCCUCCUCAUGCACAACCGCACCUUCGCUGCUGAGAUCGGUCACGCCGUCUCUUCCCGCAAGCGUGUCGAGAUCGUCGAGAAGGCCAAGGCUCUCGGUGUCAAGGUUACCAACCCCAAGGGCCGUGUCACCACCGAGGCAUAA